AUGGUGCAUCGGUGCUUUGCUUUCGCUUUGUUCGCCCGUGCAGUGGCGGUUGGGGUGGCGGCCGGCGGGCAGCGGGCAGCCAACCGGUGGCGCACGCAAAGCAUGCAGCACGUACACAACGAGACAACUCAAAGCGCCGCCUACCAACCGAAAAGGCGAGAAAAAACUAAGCCAAGAUCGGAAGAAUUAUCCAAAUGUCGCCGGCCUGCGGGCCGCCACCAGAGCACAGCAGCAGGCAGCCAGGCACCACAUCUCCCUUGCAGGCUAAGCGAGCUACACCUUUUUGUUUGCGCCGUCCGCGCCGAUCCUAUAUAUGCAUCCAUCCACCUCCACCACCCAGGCACCCAGCACGGCAAAAAGCCUAGCACCAAGAUAGCCGCACUUGCUAACCGUCUCGUCUCUCGUAGCCCCAUCCCAAUCCCAUCCAUCGGCCGGCAGGUAAACCCCCUCUGGUUCGACGACGUCGAUCGAUCGUACAGCGGGUGUAGUAUAUAUAUGGAGGUGCACGCGGCGCCGGCGGUGGGGAAGCGGCUGUGGAGCUACGUGCGCGCGGCCUUCUUCAUGGCGCGCAACGGCAAGCGCAAGCUCCUCCUUAGCAUGCACCUCCUCGCCAACAAGCGCCGCACCAAGGCCGUCACGCGCGCCGUCGCCAACCUCCUCACCCACCACUCCCACGCCCACCACGGCACCGACUACGAGUUCUCCUGCUCCAACAGCCCCGCGGACCCCGCGGCGGCCUCCUCCUCCUCCAGCAGGCGCCGCCUCGCCUACUUCCCCUGCCUCGGCGCGGUGGCCGAGGAGGAGAGCUACGAGUACGGGUACCAGUACGACGGGUACGGCUCCCUCUCCCUCCACGACGCCGAGCCCGCGCUUCCCCUCGCCAGGAUCGACUACUACGCCGCCGCCGCAUCAUCGCCCGCGCCACCUUCGUCGCCCGGGGACCUCGACCUCGCGCCGGGCGAUGAGGAGGAGUACGCCUGCGCGCUGUCGUCGUCGGCGUCGCCCGCGCUGCUGCUCCCGGGCGCCAGCGGCGAGUUCUCCGUGCGGGUGUCCAACUACUCGUCCGAGGACGAAGCAGGCGUCGGCAACCAGGCCGUGGACGCCGACGCGGAGGAGUUCAUCCGCCGCUUCUACGACCAGCUCCGCCGCCAGAACACCGUCGCCUUGCUCCCCUACUACAUGCAGCAGGAAUCCAUCGCCUGA